AUGGCGUCCCAAUCCGAUGUUCUAGACAGCAUCUUCGCCCGUUUGGGCAGCAAAGCCGAUGAUGUUCGCGUCCAGGCUGCGCAGGACCUCAAGGCAUAUAUCGACGCGUCGAGCUUGGAGUCGCCUGGCGAUGACUCGAGAAAGAACAUGUGGAAGGACGUCUUUCCAAAGACGUUCGACCUCUCUCGCAGCAACUACUCGCACGAGCGAUUGGGUGCCAUUCUCGCCAUCGAUAGCAUGCUCGAGGCCACAAACAAUGAUACGCCCGACCGAGCCCUUCAAAACAAUAUCCGUCUCUACGGAUACCUACGCCCCCUCCUGAAUUACCCAGACUCUGCCGUCAUGGUCUCCGCGGCCAGAGUGGUGGGCAACAUGGUCCGCAUUGCCGGCAUCAAUCUCGGAGAGUCCUUCUUCACCAAGGAAGUGAACCAGGCUCUCCAGAUGAUCGACGACACACGUCAGGAGGUUAGCAGAUUCAGCGCAGUCUUGCUCCUGCACCAGUUCGCGGAUAACUCGCCGGGCCUCUUCAUGCCCUUCGUUCCUCGCGUCCUCGACAAGAUCUGGGUUCCUUUGCGGGACAGUAGAACUAUGGUUAGAGAGAGGGCAUCUAUGCUACUCUCAGCGUGUCUUGACAUUAUCAAGACGCGUGAAACCAAAUCAGGCAACGAAGUGUACCGCAAGAUCUUUGAGGAGGCGAAGAGUGGCCUCUUGAAGGCGGCUUCCGUGGACUCGAUCCUCGGCUCUCUACUUGCCUUUGGCGCCAUGCUCCAGAAUCAGCAGCUCUCUAUGGGAGAGUUCUUCCACAACAUCUGCGACAUCACUCUGAAGUACCGCGACAGCAAGGAGACUGUGAUCAGGAAGGCCGUCAUCGGCUUGAUCCCAAGCAUGGCAACGUACGACAGCGAGGACUUUGAGGUUCACUACCUCCACCGCAGCAUGUCCUACCUUCUGCAGGCUCUGCAGAGGCCCACAGACCGUGACAUUGCCUACAUUGCGCUCGGCCACAUGUCCGUGCAACUUGCGUCCAAGAUGCGCCCCUUUAUCGAUGACAUUGUCAAGAUUAUCAAGGAGCACCUUCGCCAGAAGGGCAAGAAGAAUGCGCCGUUCGAGGCUCCCAUCUUCCAGAGUCUUGCGAUGCUCACGACAGCCGUCGGUCCAAUGCUCACGAGACAAAUGCACGAAAUUCUCGACCUCAUGUUCCCUUGGGGUCUUUCGGACGCGCUCUACCACGCGUUGGAAGUAAUCUCGGGCCACAUUCCUCCUCUGCUUCGCACAAUCCAAGAUCGCCUUCUUGAGACUCUGUCAAUGAUCCUGACCGGUCAUUCCUUCCGCCCUCUUGGUGCCCCUGCCCCUCGCGGCAAGACGGUUGAGAUCACCCGUGACAGUGUGCUCCAGGCUUCGGGAGGCGGCCAGGCCCCAGAGACGAUUGUGCUCGCUCUGAAGAUUUUGGGCAACUUUGACUUCAGCGGUCACACGCUUAAUGAGUUUGUCCGUGAGGCUGCUCUGCCUUACCUUGAGCACGACAGCGCCGAGGUGCGAAAGGAGGCGGUACUGGCCUCCACGCAGCUGUUUGUCAACGAUCCUAUCUGCCACCAGACAAGCAGCCACUCAAUCGAGAUUGUCAACGAUGUCUUGGAGAAGCUGCUCACAGUUGGCAUCACCGACCAAAAUCCUUCUAUCAGGCAGGCAGUUCUCGAAAACCUCGACGAGAAGUUUGAUCGUCACCUCUCGCAGGCCGAAGACAUUCGCUGUCUGUUCGUUGCUCUCAAUGACGAGGAGUUCAAGAUCCGGGAGCUUGCGAUCGGGAUUAUUGGUCGCCUUGCCCACUACAACCCAGCAUACGUUAUGCCGUCGUUGCGCAAGUCGCUCAUCAACCUCAUUACCGAGCUGGAGUACUCGACCAACAACAAGCAGAAGGAGGAGAGCGCCAAGCUCUUGUGCCUCCUGAUCGGCGCCUCGGCUGGGCUCGUCAAGUCGUAUGCGUCGACGAUCCUGUCUGUCGUGCUGCGCAUUGCUCGUUCGCCUAGCACACCAGCUGCUGUUGCCGCGUCUUGUGUCACCUGCAUUGGUGAACUCGCCAAGGUGGCCGGUGAAGAACUCGUCCCCAACGUCAAGACCAUUUUGGAUCUCGUUCUUGAAAUGCUCAACGACCCGGCUUCAGCGUCAAAGCGUGACGCGGCCUUGAAGACCCUUGGCCAGGUUGUGUCCAACACUGGUGAAGUGAUUGCGCCCUACAUUGAGCACCCUCAGCUUCUGGGCAUUCUCUUCCGUUUCCUCAGAACGGAGACUUCGCAGGCCAUCCGUCUGGAAACCAUCAGGACGAUGGGCAUGCUCGGUGCCUUGGAUCCUUUCAAGCACAGGCUCUUACAUGGCGCCGGUGACGACCCGAACGCAGAGACCUCUGGUCCUCGUGUCACAGACAUCACGCUGUUGAUGAACACCCAGGGGCCAUCAAACGACGACUACUACCAGACGGUCGUCAUCAACUCGCUCGUCAACGUGCUCAACGAUGCCAACAUGAAGGAGCACCACUACGACGCUAUCAACUCGGUCAUGCUCAUCUUUAGGACUCAGCGUCUCCGAUGUGUCAGCUUCCUGCCUCAAAUUCUUCCCGCAUUCCUCGGUGUCAUCCGCCUGGGUAGCCGUGACUCGCAAGACGUCUUCCUCAAGCAGCUUGCUCAGUUGAUCACCAUUGUCAAGCAGCACAUCCGCAACUACCUGAAUGAGGUGUUCGCUCUCGUGCACGACUUUUGGAACCCUAACUCGACCUUACAGAUUACAAUCAUCUCGCUGGUCGAGGCUAUCGCGCGUGCCGUGGAAGGAGAGUUCAAGGCAUAUCUCCCGCAGUUACUCCAGCAGAUCCUCCGCUCAUUUGAUGGCGACCUUGCAGCGCGCCACAUCUCGGCACAGCGCCUCGAGACUCUCCUUCACAUUCUCAAGGCAUUCUAUGUCUUUGGCUCGAGUAUUGAGGACUACCUCCACCUUGUGCUUCCGGUCAUCGUCCGCAGCUUCGAGAACCCGGCGGCCCCUCCCGAGCUUCGCAAGGCCGCACUCAUGACGACCUCCCAGCUCUGCCGCAAGGUCAACUUCAGUGACCAUGCGUCUCAGAUCAUCCACCCGCUCGUGCGCACUCUCAGCACUCCUGAUGUUGAGCUCCGCAACGCCGCGAUGGAGACGCUUUGCGUCCUUGUCCUCCAGUUCGGACCCGACUACUCCAUUUUCAUCCCGAUGGUUAACAAGGCUCUGUUGGAGAACAAGAUUGUGUGGCCGGCGUACGACCAGAUGGUCACCAAGUUGUUGAACCGCGAGCGCCUCCCUCCUGACCUCGGCCCUGUCGAACAGUACGCCGCGGACGCCUCAACGGAUGUCGCAGUGUCGGCCGAGCAGCACAAGCUCCCUGUCAACCAGCAGCAGCUCAAGGCGGCUUGGGAUUGCUCCAAUGUCACCACCCGAAAGGAAUGGCUCGAAUGGCUCAAGAAGCUCGGUGUCGAGCUCAUGCGCGAGUCACCAUCACAAGCAAUCCGUGCCUGCACCAAGCUUGCAGACCAACACCUCCCAUUCGCUCGCGAGCUGUUCAACGUGGCGUUCGUUUCGUGCUGGACUGAGCUGUACGAAAGCUACCAAGAGGACCUGGUCCACAAUAUUGAGCAGGCCCUUACCAACACGACGGUGCCAUCGGACGUCGUCAAUGCCAUCUUGAACCUCGCCGAGUUCAUGGAGCACGACGAAAAGCAGCUGGCUAUUGAGCCUCGCCUGCUCGGUGACUACGCCACAGCUUUCCACGCCUAUGCGAAGGCUCUGCACUACAAGGAGCAGGAGUUCUUUGUUGAUGCCUCGACCGCGGUCGUCGAGGACCUCAUCAGCGUCAAUCAAAAGCUGCAGCAGAGUGAUGCCGCAUGGGGCACACUCGAGUACGCGCAGAACAACCUGCACAUGACACACGACGUCCUCUGGUACGAGAAGCUUGGUCGCUGGGAAGAGGCUCUCGUCGUCUGGAACGAGCGCGCCGCGGACCCCGACAGCACGACGGAUGAGGCUACCAUCGCCAUGGGCAAGCUCCAGGCUCUGCACGCGCUCGGAGAGUGGGAAGAGCUCGCAGAGUUUGUUCAGAUCCGUUGGCCCAACGCAGCCCAGGACGAGAAGAAGCUGAUCGCACCCCUUGCGGCUGCAGCCAGCUGGGCCUUGUACCAGUGGGAUCUGAUGGACGACUACAUCUCGGCCAUGAAGAACGACUCGGCCGACCGCAACUUCUUCAAGGCCAUCCUCGCAGUCCACCGCAAUCAGUUCAGCUCGGCUCUUCGCCACAUCACCAAGGCGCGUGAGCGCCUGGACGGCGAGCUCACGUCGCUCACCGGCGAGAGUUACGGUCGUGCCUAUGAUGUCGUGGUGCGCGUGCAAAUGCUGUCGGAGCUGGAAGAAAUCAUUGCCUACAAGGAUCAUGCGGACCAACCCGAGAGACAGGCCACGCAACGCAAGACGUGGCAGAAGCGUCUCGAGGGCUGUCGUCGCGACGUCGAAGUCUGGCAGCGUAUCCUCCAGCUCCGCUCGCUUGUCCUCACUCCCAGCGAGGACAUGGACACGUGGAUCCACUUCGCCGACCUCUGUCGCACCUCGGACAGACUCAACCUGGCAGAGAAGACCCUUACUUCUCUGGUUGGCAGUUCGUGCAGCAACUUAGAUGCCGAGAGCAGAUCACGAGCCCCGCCGCCGAUUGUCUUUGCGUACUACCGCCUCAAGUGGGCUCAGGCGGUGCAGAAGAACUCGCGCGACGACCGCUACGAGACUCUUGCUUACCUUCGCGACUUCACUGCCGCUCUGUCCGACGACAUGGGUCUCGGUGCAAGGAACGAGGAGGGCCGCCUCAUCCUGCCGGAUGCCAAGAUGUUUGGCGAGUACACCAAGCUUCUCGCUCGUUGCCACGUCGAGCUGGGUAGCUGGCAAGCUGCUAUGGGAGAGCAGAGCUUCACUUCGGACCCUUCCACGGUCCUCAAUGACUACUCGCUGGCUACGGAGCUGGACCCUACCUGGUACCAGGCAUGGCACACUUGGGCUUUGGCAAACUUCGAAGUCAUCACGCAGCUCGAAGUCUCGCAACAGGGUCUAUCAUCGGCGCACUUCACAACGUAUAUCAUCCCAGCCGUCGAGGGUUUCUUGCGAUCGAUUGCUCUGUCGCCGGGCAACUCACUGCAAGACACACUUCGUCUGCUCACAUUGUGGUUCACGUACGGCUACCAACACGGUGUCAGCCAGGCCAUUUCACAAGGCAUGACAACGGUCAACGUCGAUGUGUGGCUCGAGGUUAUCCCGCAGAUCAUCGCUCGUAUCCAGACGCCGCGCGUGGCGAUCCAGCAACUGAUUGUCCGCCUGCUUCACGAUAUCGGCCGGGCGCACCCUCAGGCUCUCAUCUACCCGCUCACAGUGGCCAGCAAGUCGAACGUUCACAGCCGAAGAUCAGUGGCUCAGAGCAUCACCGCCAAGAUGCGCGAGCACUCGGCUACGAUUGUCGACCAGGCCGAGCUCGUCUCCACCGAGCUUAUCCGUGCUGCCAUUCUCUGGCACGAGCAGUGGCACGAGGGACUCGAGGAUGCCUCCAAGCACUACUUCGCUGAGCACAACGAGCAGGCGAUGUUCGAGGUGCUCGAGCCUCUGCACGACAUGAUUGAGCGUGGACCAGAGACAUUGCGAGAGACCUCUUUCGUCCAGAGCUUUGGCCACGAACUCAAGAUGGCCAGAGACUUUUGCAGACGAUACCGUUCCACGGGUGACACAAACGAGCUCAACCAAGCCUGGGACAUUUACUACUCGACCUUCCAGCGCCUCACACGCCAGAUCAAGCUCCUCAACGUUAUUGAGCUGCAGUACGUGUCACCCAAGCUCAUGGCCGUUCGUGACCUCGAACUGGCUGUUCCUGGAACGUACCAGAGUGGCAAGCCCGUCAUCGGUAUCGGCUCUGUUCGCCCCACGUUCAACGUCAUCACUUCGAAGCAGAGACCACGACGCUUCACAAUGCUGGGACGCGACGGCAAGGAAUACACUUUCCUGCUCAAGGGUCAUGAGGAUCUGCGACAGGACGAGCGUGUCAUGCAGCUGUUUGGCCUGGUCAACACUCUGCUCAGUGCCGACCAGGAGAGUGCCAAGCGCCAUCUCUUCAUCCACCGGUUCUCGAUCACCCCAUUGUCGCCGAGUGCCGGUCUACUCGGCUGGAUCCCACACAGUGACACGCUACACACGCUCAUCAAGGCGUACCGUGAAUCAAGGAAGAUACUCCUUGACAUUGAGAACAGGCUCAUGAACCAGAUGGCCGACGACAACUACGACAGCCUUCCGCUGAUGCACAAGGUGGAGGUGUUCCAGUACGCUCUCGACAACACGACCGGACAGGAUCUGUACCGCAUUCUCUGGCUCGGCAGUCGUAACUCGGAGGCGUGGCUGGAGAGACGAACGGCCUACACUCGCAGUCUGGCGCUCACAUCAAUGAUCGGCUAUAUCCUCGGCCUCGGGGAUCGUCACCCUUCAAACCUCAUGCUGGACUCGAUCAGUGGCGACGUUAUUCACAUUGAUUUCGGUGACUGCUUCGAAGUCGCCAUGCAGCGUGACAAGUACCCAGAAAAGGUGCCGUUCCGUCUCACCCGCAUGCUCAUCCAUGCGAUGGAGGUGUGCGGAAUCACGGGUACAUUCUCGCGCAGUUGCGAGGUGUCAAUGGAGGUGAUGCGCGACAACAAGGAGUCGCUCAUGGCCGUGCUCGAGGCAUUCGUGUACGACCCAUUAAUCAACUGGCGUCUCACUGCGGGCGCCCAGCCUGGUGGAAACCGGGCAACGCAGGACGUCGACGAGCGUCAGUACCCCGGCCGCGGCACUGGUCGCGGUGAUGAGCGCGAUAUUCUGAACGAGGCCGACCGCCCAGAAGUCAUGAACGACAAGGCGCUUCAAGUCAUUGAGCGUGUGAGGAGGAAGCUCACGGGUCGUGACUUCAAGCCCAACGUCACGCUCGGCAUCAAGGAGCAGGUCGAGGAGCUCGUCGCGCAGGCCAUCAACGUCGAGAACCUCUGCGUCGCGUUUGUGGGAUGGUGCUCGUUCUGGUAG